UGGCCUGGGCCUAUUAAAGGAUGAGUACCUUAUUGUCAACUCUGGUUGUUUGCACAUCGUAAUGAACAAAAUCUACUGUAUGCGGACUUUUCUUUUCAAGAUGAAUCUGACGACAUAUUUGACUUUUCUGUUCCUUUACUCAUUGGUUCCGGUUUGUGUCGGCUGGGAAUCUAGUUUGACCAACCGACGACACAAGCUCUUUGUCAAGAUCUCAAAGGCCAAUGCGACCAUUACCUACUAUCAACACCGUCUGGCAAUUAAUAAUUGGGUCCAAAUACCUUGUGCUCAUCCUACUCAUGGGAUUUAUACAAAUACCACAGAUCCGGUUGCCUUUGAGUGGCUGGUGAACGGCCGACAAAUCCUUGCCAACCUUCCCCUUAUUUACGCUCAGUGGGAUCUGGAUGGAAGCCUAACUAUCUUAACCAGUAUACCUCGUGAGUAUACAUUGUGGUGUCAUGCUAGGCUGGGCGAUGAUUCAGAUGAACCAGACAGUUAUUUUGGCCAUCAGAUAAAAUUUUUCGCCGAGCCUGUUCGACAACUUAUUGUCGGCAUACAGGUGAAUUUGACGAUGGAACUCGAGGCAUGGGAUCGGAAAAGCAACAUGGAAGAGUACACUUGUGAUUCACAACGCUUUACCGGAAGAAACGCUACCGAGCGAUUUGAACCGGGUUUGGAAAAUCAGUUUGUGAGGGUUGCCAUCCAUGAAAAGGCACUGGCUACCUGUCAGAAGAUGGAGUUCUGCCAGACAUUCAGUGUGGACCAGUUUGAGUGCAUUAACAUAGAGAACAAUUUAACCGCACUGCAUUAUGCGGAAGUGAGUUUCUUUCUGGAUGGAGGGUCACAGUCCUCGAUAACAAGCUCGAAAAAGCACCUAAAUUCGGAUGACAUGCACAAAAUGCUCUAUGGAGAAAUCGAUUCAACAACAGAAGACUUGUGCAAUACCAUACGGAACUACACUUGGGACACGGUGUUUGCCAAAUCGUCAACGUGCCGCAUAGCCACGUACCAUUCGUUCUACUCAUUUUGUAUGGGCUAUGCUGGGAGCAUAAAUUUUGAGACGGACGAGUGUGAUCUUUGUCCACCUGGAUCGUACGGUGAUGUACGCGUUAUUAAUCCGCCUCUACCCUACCGUGCCUACAACUACACACCACUACGGUCAGAUCUACCUCAUGCAGCUCAAAUGGCUGCCAAAAAAGCACUCAUCCCCAACUGGCUAGACAUGGAAGAAAAGGCGGUUUGCCGGAGUUGCCCGGUAAAUACUUAUGCUGAGGAACCUGGACGCCCUCUAUGUCUACCCUGUCCAGUGUGGCACAUGCGCCCAACCGACCCUGGAGAUGCAAACGAGUUUGUUGGUGCUGCUCAAUGGCUUCAUCAAGCAUGUCCAAGAGAAGGGCGCACGGCGCUUCGUGUAGUGCAAGUAUCCAGAGCGAUGCUCGGCGAUCGUUUUGCAACUUUGGUGGAGAAAUCUAAUCCACUCAUUCGUGUGGGUGUUCUACUGGCCCUUUUUCUUAUUCCCAUCAUAAUUGCACUUCUCUUGAUGUUCGUCGCUUAUAUGCUCAUCGAUGUUGGGCUGGUUCUGGUCAAAAUGGCAAAUGAACUAUUACCUCUGCAAAUCCAGUUGGCUGAAACUACAAAAGCUACAGCUGCAUUCAAUGCCGAAAACCAGAAGGCUGCAGAUGAAGUAUAUGUCCGCAUGCAGGGUGAAUCAAAGUGAGCCAGGGAUGAAGAUUGCCAUUUCCCACCCACCUUUUGUUCGAACACUGUAUCGGUUGAAGUCAUCCGUGUAAUACAAAUAAAUCUCCAAGUUUACUAAAACUGCAUAAUUGAAAAACACAGAGCUGUUCUGAUGGAAUGUGCCCAUUUUAA